AUGUCCACCUUCGAUUACACUGGCUACAAGCUCGGCGAGAAGAAGGUCCUCAAGGAGAACGAGGUCACCCACGCCCCUGCUGAGAAGCAGAUCCAGGACAAGCUCGGCGCGGACUGGAAGCUCGUCAUUGACUGGCCCACGUUCCAGAAGCUCACCGGCGAUACCGCCACCAACGACAGGGCCAAGAGCGAGCGCCAGUGGGUGCCCAACCGUGUCUACCAGAACUACGUGCCUGCCAUCGCGGCCGAGGUUGCCAAGUGGGACGCCGACAUGGUGGAGGCCGUCAACGACGCCGUGACCGACAAGAAGAUCAUCAUCACCAUGGACACGGAGACGGUGGACAACCGCUACAGCGUCAAGGUGGGCAAGUCGAUCGAGGUCCUCAUGCAGCAGGACAAGAUCUGCUACGAGUACCCCUACUCCGACGCCUACACCGUCACCGCCGCCAUCGAGAAGACUCUCUAA